GGAGGCCAGGAGGGUUCCUGGCGGUCAGUGCCACCCACGCGGUGGCAUUCAGAGCCAUAUAAACGGGUCUCUAGAGCCCUGAGGGACUGCACAUCCUGGGCCUGGUGGCGUGGUGUGGGCCUGGGAGGAUGGGCAGCCUGCUGCUGGCUGUGCUGCUGGCUUUGGUCUCAGUGCCCAGGGCCCAGGCUGUGUGGUUGGGGAGACUCGACCCUAAGCAGGUACAGUCCUCCUGGGGGUGGGGAAAGCUGGUCCUCGGGGACCGGUUCCUUCUUUAAGGCCACACAACUUCUGGGUCCCCCAAGACUGGCCCAGACCAGCAUGGGCAGUGGAGGAUGGGAUGGGCUGGCCCUGGGGCUCCCAAAGGUAGGAGCCUCACGGCAGGAGGGCUGGAGGCUGCAAGGCUGGAGCCUGGAGGGCGGGAGGGUUGGAGGCUGGAUGCUGAUGCUGGACGGUUGGAGGCUGGAGGGAGGUUGGAGGCUGGUGGCCCUCACCCAAGCGGCCUCAAUGCAGCUUCUUGGGCCCUGGUACGUGCUUGCGGUGGCCUCCCGGGAAAAGAGUUUUGCAGUGGAGAAGGACAUAAAGAAUGUCGUGGGGGUGGUAGUGACCCUCACUCCAGAAAACAACCUUCGAAUGCUGUCCUCUCAGCAGGGGCUGGAGGGGUGCAGCCAGAGUGUCAUGGAGCUGUUGAAGCGGAACUCUGGAUGGGUGUUUGAGAACCCCUCGAUGGGCGUGCUGGAGUUCCGGGUGCUGGGCACCAACUUCAGAGAUUAUGCCAUCGUCUUCACGCAGCUGGAGUUCGGGGACGAGCCCUUCAACACGGUGCAGCUGUACAGUCGGAGGGAGACGGCUAGCCAGGAGGCCAUGGGCCUCUUCACCAAGUGGAGCAGGGGCUUGGGCUUCCCGUCACGGCAGCAGGCCCAGCUGCAGAAGGACUUCACCUGUGCUCGAAGGAUCCUCCGGUGAGCGCUGCAUGCCCAGAAGGGACAGUGCCCGCAGCGUCCUGUGACCCUGGCCAGGGUCCACCCACCUCCCUCAGCAGCCCCCAGGGCCCAGCUCCAGCUCAGAAUAAAGCGAUUCCGCAGCAAA